UGACCCUUCGGUGCUGCCAUCGCCGCCUAUCACCCUCUGUUUGCUAAGUAGCUAUCUGUACGGGAAAGUGGGUGUAAUGGAUAGAUGCGGACGCUAACAUUAGCAAAAUAACGCGCCUGGCAAAAACAGCAGCACCCCGAAAACUGCAAAUAUGUUUGGCCGGUCACGGAGCUGGGUUGGAGGGCAGGGAAAAACGAAAAACAUUCACUCCUUGGACCAUUUGAAGUAUAUGUACCAUGUUCUGACCAAAAACACCACAGUAACAGACCACAACCGAAACCUCCUUGUGGAGACCAUCCGCUCCAUCACAGAGAUCCUCAUCUGGGGAGACCAGAAUGACAGCUCUGUGUUUGACUUCUUUCUGGAGAAGAACAUGUUUGCAUUCUUCUUGAACAUCCUACGUCAGAAAUCCGGACGCUACGUGUGUGUGCAACUCCUCCAGACACUUAACAUACUGUUUGAAAAUAUCAGCCAUGAGACUUCCCUGUAUUAUCUCUUGUCAAACAACCACGUCAACUCCAUUAUUGUCCACAAGUUUGACUUCUCAGAUGAGGAGAUCAUGGCUUACUAUAUAUCCUUCCUCAAGACCCUGUCACUGAAACUGAACAACCACACUGUGCACUUCUUCUACAAUGAGCACACUAAUGACUUUGCCCUGUACACCGAGGCCAUUAAGUUUUUCAACCACCCUGAAAGCAUGGUCCGCAUCGCAGUCCGCACCAUCACACUCAACGUCUACAAAGUGGACAACCAGCACAUGCUGCACUACAUUCGGGAUAAGACAGCGGUGCCGUAUUUCAGUAACCUGGUCUGGUUUAUCGGCAGCCAUGUCAUCGAACUGGACAAGUGUGUGCAGACAGAUGAAGAGCAUAAGAACAGAGGAAAGCUAAGUGACCUGGUAGCGGAGCACCUCGACCAUCUCCACUACCUGAACGAUAUCCUCAUUAUCAACUGUGAAUUCCUUAAUGACGUUUUAACCGACCACCUCCUCAACCGUCUCUUCCUGCCCCUCUAUGUCUACUCUUUGGUUAGUCCUGAGACGUCUGAAGAGCGAAAGAUCAACCCUCAGGUGUCCCUCUACCUGCUGUCUCAAGUGUUUCUGAUUAUCCACUAUCAGCCACUGGUUAAUGCCCUCGCAGAUGUUAUCCUCAAUGGAGACUUGUCUGUCUUCACACCACAGGCAGACAUACACAGCACGCACAAAAACACGGCCAGCGCCGGAGGCGUACGUCGGUUCAUCAAGCCCCCAGAGUCUCUGGAGCGCUCGCUGGAGCUGUCCCGCCACCGUGGCCGCAAGAGAACACAGAAGAGGCCAAACUACAAGAACCUGGGCGAGGAGGAGGAUGACGAAAGAGCUGGGGGAGGAGGCAGCGGUGGAGGAGGAUUAGAGGAAGGCUGGGACGAUGACAGUGGCAGAGGAGGAGAGAGGGAAGGAGGCCGAGAGAGGGAGAAGGGAAAAGGUACAGAGGGAAUAGGAGGAGGAGGAGGAGGUGGGAGUUCUAAGGGAAGCAGAGCGAGUGGUGAGACGGCGGAAGAGAUAGAGAUGGUGGUGAUGGAGAAGUGUAAGAUGUCAGAGCUCACAGAGCAGAACAUCACCGAUGAGGAGAAAACCGCUGCAGCCACCCGCACACACACUCAGAGGAGCAGGCCGUUCUUAGACAUGGUGUACAGUGCCCUGGAAUGCACCAACGAUGACUACCACGCACUGUUUGUCCUCUGCCUCCUUUAUGCAGUCUCACACAGCAAAGGUAUAAACCGUGAUCUUCUGGAGCGUCUGCAGUUGCCAGUUCCAGACCAGGAGAGGAGCUCUUACAGCCUGGUGCUUGUAGAAAGACUAAUCAGAAUCAUGAACCAGGCAGCACAGCCAGAUGGUAAAGUGCGUCUUGCCACCCUUGAGUUGAGCUGCCUUCUAUUAAAGCAGUCUGUGCUGUCUGGAAAUGACUGUAUAAUCAAAGAUGUCCAUCUGGCCUGCCUGGAGGGUGCCAGAGAAGAAAGUCUGCAUUUACUGCGAAGAUUCUACAAGGGGGAGGAAAUCUUUCUGGACAUGUUUGAAGAUGAAUACAGGAGCAUGACGAGUAAACCACUGAAUGUGGAAUAUCUAAUGAUGGAUGCCUCAAUACUGCUGCCACCCACUGGCACCCCUCUGACUGGCAUCGACUUUGUGAAGCGACUGCCCUGUGGAGAUGUGGAGAAGACACGCAGGGCGAUACGGGUGUUCUUCAUGUUGAGGUCCUUAUCGCUUCAGCUUCAAGGAGAACCAGAGACUCAGCUCCCACUGACCAGACCUGAAGACCUUAUCAAGACAGACGACGUCUUAGACCUCAAUAACAGUGAUCUAAUAGCCUGUAUGGUGGUCAGUAAAGAUGGUGGCCAAGCCCAGAGAUUCCUGGCUGUAGAUGUGUACCAGAUGAGUCUGGUGGAACCAGAAACCAAACGUCUUGGAUGGGGCGUAGUCAAGUUUGCCGGCCUCUUGCAAGACAUGCAGGUGUCUGGUGUUGAGGACGACAGCAGAGCGUUGAACAUCGUUAUCCAUAAACCCAGCUCCAACCCCCACGCCAAGCCCCUGCCCAUACUGCAGGCCAACUUCAUCUUCGCCGACCACAUCCGCUGCAUCAUCGCCAAGCAGAGGCUGGCCAAAGGUCGCAUCCAGGCGCGACGCAUGAAGAUGCAGAGGAUUGCAGCUCUGUUGGACCUGCCUGUGCAGCCCAGUGCUACAGAAGUGUUGGGUUUCGGUCAGACGGCCAACGCCUCACCCAGCGGGCUGCCGUUCAGAUUCUACGAGCAGUCACGGCGGGCGCCCAAUGACCCGACGGCAAACAGAUCGGUGUUUGCCUCCGUUGAUAAAGUACCAGGUUUUGCGGUGGCUCACUGCAUGCCACAGCACAGUCCCUCACCCCUCUCCUCCCCCUCGCCUCCCUCCAGUGGGAGUGGGAGCACAGGAAGAUGUGACUCUGUCACUGCAAGCACUAUAUCGGCACAGAGCCCUACAGAUGAUGGUACGUUCCUGGAGCACACCCCGCCCUCGUCUUCGGGCGGAGAAGGUGAAGGAGGUGCUGGAGAAGUAACGUUAGGGUCCUCUAUUCCCUCAACUCCAGUCCCAGCUCCGGCCCUGGCCCCGAGCCUCACCCCGGCCUCCCAGCCCACCAUCUCCCUCCUGACCGACAGCAACGCUGACGCCCUGAGCGUGGAGUCGCUGACCCUGCUGCCUCCAGCCGACUCGCCUCACCUGCACCCCUGCACCGGACACAUCCUUGCGAGCAGCUCCCUCCAGAGACCAGACGCCUCCAUCACAGAGGAGCAGGAGGAAGAAGAUGGAAGAGAAGAAGAGGAGCCGAGGGAUGAGGAUGGAUCGCCGAUGGAUGAGACGGAAACGGACGCAACCGUAAAAGAAGAAACCACUGAGACGACCGAGCUGAUCACACCUACCGAUGAGGCUCCAGAGGGAGCAGAAGACGAAGUCGUACCUCAAGAGGCCGACGGAAACGUACCGCAAGAAUCGGACGACACGACAGCUGCAGAGUCUGCAGAGAAGACAGAAGAAGCAGAGCUAGAGAAUGAAACACCAGACUCACCGGAGCUGGAUUAAGAAACACGUUCAGAUUCAUGCACUUGUCUCCCUCACACACAGAGAACAGUAAAGUGUGAUAGAUAAGCCAUCUAGCCUGGCUGCAGAAUAUUUCCAAUGUAGUGUGUGAUGCGAGUAGUCUAAGAGGCUUUCGGAGGCAUCUCAACAUUUGUGUUUGCACAUGAAGAAAGACUCUGAGAGAAUAGAGGACGAAACAGGCACUGGUCGAACUCAAGCAGAGCUCAAAGCACAUUUGGCUUUCUGUGCAUUCAAGUGUGUCGGGUCGCGUUUUUAAGCCCGUGUGUGUCGAGGCACGCAACCAGCAACGUUUUUUACUCGUUCUAAUCGAUUGUGUAUCAGCUCAAACACACAUACACCAACACGCCACUGCUGUGAGCUGUUCAAACACUUUUCAAAGAACUAUUUUUGUGUCUUAUGUUCACACAGCAGAACUACUACUACUGUUAAGCAGUGGUGAUCACUACUAUGCUAAACAACACUCAUGGUGUACAUACAGCACACACACAGUCAGUUGCACUUGCCUUGUCACCGCUGCAUGUCAGAUCAGUUUCUGCCACUUUCAGCUUCUGUUGGGCAGGUGUGUGUGUGUGUGUUUCUUCACUUGCUUUAGUUCUUAUUGUUCCACAUGUGAAGUAAUUGUUCCCCGUUUACUUGUCGGAAAAUUCAUAGAAGAAUCCACCGGAUUGGCGUUGAGGCAGCAGGUCUCAAACUGUAAACAUUAAUUUGAUGAUAACACGACGUCGUAGCUCCCACCUCAUCUUUUUUUUUUUUAAAGCUUCUAGCAAACAUUUGGAUCUUGGGAUAAAACAUGAAGGCGGCUUUCUGACUGUUGAGGGAAGUUGAAGCGACGAGGUGCUUGAGUGGUUUGUGACAAAGCAUUUUUUUUAAAUGUGCAACAGAAACUACAACAACUUUGACUUCAGUCAGGUGGCUUUUCUUCUUCAUUCAUCUGCCAGCACUUAUUCCUUCUGAGUGCAUAGUUUAUGGCCUGCAUUGAUUAGAUAGCAGCAAUUUGUUCCCAUUCAUAGAACGAAUCAACAAUUGGCAGCAUGACUAACAAAAGACAGGAUGUGAAAGCUAUUAAUGGAACGAAUGCUGCUGAAUUUGUGACGUAGUAUUUACACAUAAUGGAUAGUAGUGGUCGAUUCAUGCAGUGAUUCAUUCUUUUGGUCUUUCAGUCUGUAGCUACACAGGUUACUAAGUAAGAAUCUAAGUAUUGUUUGAUAUAUUUAGAAGACAAUGGGAAAAGUUAAUUUUGUGUGAGUUAAGUUCAAAGAAUUCUGCAGCAUAUUAGUCGGUAUGUUAGUAAUGUUAGAUGUGUUAAGAUUUAUAAGAAACCAUUUGAAAUGAGAUCUUCAGGUCUGCUCAUCACCAGAACAACACUUGGGUUGAAUGUAUCUGCUGGUUGCCCCUGAGAUGCUGACAUAAUGGCUCAGUUAAAUUUAACACCCCACGAAGCAUAUUUUCUAUAAUGCCGAAAAACCUUUUAAAAAUACAGGUUUCCCAAGAGAGCAAAUUCGAAGGUUAAUUAAUGCUGUAGUGUUUUGAUUGUAUUGUCAUCUACCAGCUGUGUUUAAAACCUGGAAAUACUCAAAUAACUCCAAAAAAAGACGCAAACAUUUAAAUUUCUUUCAAUUUUUCAGAAACCAGCUGCUGCUCCGAGGUCAGUGUCGAGGGGCAGACCCCUCCUUCUCCUCCUCCUUUAAUCAGAUGAAUGAAGCUUUACUACUGCAAUAAUCUUAAGAGCUAACCAAGGGAGAGAUGAAUGUAACGGAGGACUUAUCUCUCCUAACAGCAGUGUUUGAUCCAUUUGAAUGGGAGUGGCGUAUUUUAACCUUAAUUCAUGUCGUGAUUUGUAUAUUUUUAGAACGAAACACACCCGGACUCCCAUUUUGCCAUCUCCGCUUCCUUUUAAAUCCUUUUUCUCCUUAUCUUCUGCCUUUGCUUUCCAGCUCACACUCUGUUCUUCUUCUUCUUUCUGUGCCAUCAUCACACAGCUGAAGUCUUAAUGCUCGAUCAUUCUUAUUUUUAACUCUGUACAGUCCUCAACAAGUUUAUAAAUGAGAAAUUCAGAGCAAUACUCCCUUUUUUUGAGUCCGUCUCUUAGUAUUUCCAUCUUGCUACUGUAAAUAGCAACAGAAUGAUAGUGAUGAUCACUGACAUGCUGAAGAGGCUCGGCACAUUUUCUAGAGUUGCCUGCAACCGCCGGCAAUCGCUAUGAAAACGUGCCACGACGAGCUUCCAUUAUUAAGCCUCUGAUUGUAGUGUGUGUAUGUAAUAUGUUUGUAUGCUCUGUAAAUGCUUUGAGCUUUUAAACCUGUAAUUAUUGUUAAUGAACUGAAACAGAGGAAUAAAUAAAUAAAGACCCGCAAUAAAUUAUUCUACUUAACAACAGUGA